AUGUUGUUCGUACUCUUGAUGUUAAGUGCUUUGACAAUUUCUUCUGCAAGACCUAAUGAAAAAUUUAAUGGAAGAAAUGUUAUAACAGUACCACCUAACUGCCCUCCUGGGCAGGAAUGGAUAAACGGACAAUGUCGCGAUAUUUGGCUAAAAUUUACGACUCCAGCUCCUGCAAUAAAAACGUCUGCAGAUAUCCUAAAUGGUAAAAAUAUGAUAACAGCACCACCAAACUGUCGUGACGGGCAACAAUGGAUAAACGGAGAAUGUCGCGAUAUUUGGUUCAAACUUGCAGAUCCAGCUUAUAACCAUUAUAUGUCUGCGGAUAACUUAAAUGAUAGAAAUAUGAUAACAGCACCACCAAACUGUCGUGACGGGCAACAAUGGAUAAACGGACAAUGUCGUGAUAUUUGGUUCAAACUUGAAGAUCCAGCUUCUGCAUUGUAUACAAAAGACGAGGAAGGUGAUAUCGGUGCAAUCAAUAUUGUUAAUGAACCCAAUUAUAGUGAAGGAUCAUGGCGUAAUAUAAUAAGUGUUCCGAAUCAAUGCCCCGACGGAUACAAACCUGAUGCUCUUGGAGUUUGCCGCAGAAUAUUU